AUGAUGAUUUCGAGUAGGAGAAAUGAGCAGGCUUCACUGCCAUGUCCCGCCUGGGUGUGGGCUAGCGGCUCCAACAUUCACGUUGCUAAAGAUCGCUCUUGGUUCGGCGAUGAUUAUAUCCCCUUCGAAUCAUAUGUUAGAAGUGUGGACGGCAGCGAGCUCAAGGUCAUUGGGAUCGGGACCGUGACCCUUCCCACUAAGGUAUCGCCUAACAAGACUGGGCCACGCUCUCAUGGCACUCUCCGAUUGAGAAAUGUGUUGCAUGUCCCCAGCGUCAUUUGUAACAUCAUCGGGCAGCCCAUUCUAGAGGGGUACAACAUAAUCACUCGUGGUAUCGAAGGGAACAUCACUAACCUCUCCGAUGGUCGUUCCGUAGCCUACUUCAAGCGUCAAAUCGAAGCCGCCAGCCAUUUCGAAGUCCGGCUCAGCGGCCCCCCUAUCGGACCCAAAGUCGGUCCUUCCCCGUUCAACCCAUCUGAGGUAUACUAUAUUCGUGCCUCAUGGCCUGACGGUGAGCGGGAGCGGUUUGCCGCUCUGCAGGCAUCUGGCCAAGCAACAGCUGGGGUAAACCGGGCCCUGACACCUUCUGAGAAGGCAUGGUUGAAGGAACAUUUUCAAACCGAAUUCCAGUUCCUCCAACUCUACGGGUUGAGUGUUUUCAAGGAAGAAGAUCGCGAGGAGGGCCGGACCAUCUUACGGACCAUUAUGGCCUACGACGAAGAUGGUAAUUCUGAUAACAAGGAAUCCCAUGACUUCGAUCCUGAGACACGUUAA